AUGUCUGAGAGCAAUAUUAAUGAUAAUGCUGCUGUUGAUUUAGAAGUUUCUCCUAAGACUAAGUUUCAUGAUAAUAGUAGCAACAAGAGCGUUAGAAAAAGUGAAUCAAUAACUGAAAGUUUUUUACUAGAUAAUGAUGGCAAUAACAACAUUGUAAAAAACGGAACUACAAUGGACAGUGAUAAUAAAGAUACAACUGACUUAAGUGCAUUAAGCAAGCUUAUUAAUUCCGAGAGUAAUAAUGAGAACAGCAGCAUAAGUGCUAGUGAUAGCAAUAUUAGUCAUAGAUUUACUAGGAUCGAAAAAGAUACUCAACAAGAUGAUUUAUCAGAAAGUGGAGACGAUAAUAGUUUUGGUAACGCUAUUGCUCCAAAUACCAUUAUUACUAAUAUUAUUACCAAUAACAACAAUGAUAGUACUAAUAAUUUUGAGACCUCUGAUCAACAACGAUCUUUAGCACCUACUCCUUCAACAGUUAUGAAUGAACGAAAUGAUGAUAAUAUUAAAAGCGAUAAUGAUUGGAAGAGUUGUGCGUCUAGUAUACCAUUUACUACUGAAGGAUUUCCAAGAAUAGCUAAAAAUAGUGUUAAUGAAAGUGUCCAUAAUAGUGUUAAUAUUAUAAGUGAAAAUGAUGAUAAAAUACCAAUAACUAAUGAAAUAGACUAUAAAUUUAUAAACCUUUUAAAAGCUCGUGAUUUGAUAGAAAAAAAUUGGGAUAAUUUAUUUGCAAAGCCCAAAAAUUACCGUGUAUGUCAAGAUAUUAUUAAUUGUGGUAUGAGCAAUGAUAUGGACACAAGCACCAAUAACACAGAGCAAUUAACUAAACUUGUGGACACUUGUAAAGAGGAACUUUUGGAUAAAGAGCGUGAAAUACGAAAUUUAACAGAGAUAAUGGUGGUUAAUAAAAAAAAUUCAAACAAACUACAUGACGAGAUUGUUAGUCUUACUAUCGAAAAUAACUUAUUGCAACAAGAAUUGGACAAAUCGAAAAAGGAUUACGAGGCUCUAGUUGUCAGAUGGAUGGCCAAAGCGCAACAACAGGCAGACUUAAUGAACCACUCUUUAGGCGUAUAA